GAUUUUUUGUUUUUUGGGUCCAGCUGCCUUUCUGCAUGCAUUUAGGUCACGUCACUGAUUGAAGCUAUGAAACUAUUAUGUGCGGUGCUGCCGUGGCUACUCUGUGUGGGGGAGCUUCAAGCAAAUGUAAAAUCUUGGUAUCCUGACUCUGUAACUGCGCAUGUGGUAAAACCUCAGCAGGCCUCAGGUUACCAGUCCAACCUUCAGCUCCAGCUUCCCAACUACCGGCCCUGGUCGCAUUUCCAGAUUCCUAAUUACCAGUCCUGGUUGCGUUCUGAGGUUCCCACCUAUAAGCCUUGGUCAAAUUACCAGAUGCCCAGCUAUAAACCUUGGUCACAUUACCAGAUUCCCAACUAUAAGCCUUGGUCACAUUACCAGAUUCCCAACUACAAGCCUAGGUCACAACACCGGGUUCCCAACUACCAGGCUCCGUUGCCGUCCCAGGUUUCCAGGUAUCAGGUUUGGCCUCGGUCCCUGGUUCCUGCCCAGGAUCAGGCCUUCGAAAGCAGUACCCUGCCUCAAAGUCAAGGCACACAGAAAAAGCCUCAGACUUGGAGGCAAGUACAGAAUUCCCAGCACAAGUUUCCGACACGUACCCAGAGGCAGGGCUCUCAGCGCAGGCUUCAGAUUGAGACCCACAAGCAGGGAUCCCAGGAUAUCCUUCAGACUCCGCCUCAAAGCAGAACAUGGCCUUAUCCUAGGGGCAGGGCUUUUCCCAUAGACAACCAUCAAGCUUGGAAAUAG